GUGUAUAGUACUUGUACAAGAACAUCCUAGGAAAAGGUGUUGGCAGUAUUUCAGAACAUGAAAUGACAUCCAGGCCGGCCGCGCGCCUGCGGUGGGGGCCUGCAUGCAGGCGCGCCCGCGCCACUAGUGAGGAGGAGUCCUCGGUAAAUAUACUCAGUCUCAAGCGCGCAUGUAAUCGGGUUUCUCGGUCUAAGCGGAAGACAGCCUUCUCAAGCGGAAAGCCUAAGCGGCCCCAGCGGUAGAGAAGGACCCAGCGAUCGGCUAGCACAGCCACACACUACUCCGCAUAGAACUACCUUCACAGAAGGGUCAUACCCCAUAGGGGACACCCUUCGCCCUUUGAGUCACUGGUACAGGGGGGGACGCGCUAUCGCGGUUUUUGUCAUAAACGGCUAACCCGGUUGCGCCCCCCCUUAACAGUGUCUAAGUGUUUACUCCUGCUGAUUCUGUCAAGCACCAGGUUGCACAGGGGUAUGCAGGUGCAGGCCGCCCCGACCCACUCCUCUGAAGGUAGAAGAGAAGCUAUGCAGCGCCAGACUUCCACCGGCAGCUCUGGACAGCUCCCUAACUGUGUCUUGAGGGCCUGAGCCUGUGAUCUCAUAAGCAUCGCCACCGCGUUGCUGCAAAGCACUGGCGACUCUUACAGCUUGAUCACAACAUUCCUUCUACGGUCGUCGUCUUCCUUGAUGUUUCCAGAUUGAUCAGCAUCACGCAAGAUGGACAAGCAGCAA